CUUGCUUUUGUACUCCCAUUUUCUUGCUUGUUCGUCAAACUGAAGCUCAGUUCACAUACUCUCUAUCACUUUCUUGGUUUUACUAUAGCGAUCCCUCUCCUUCUUGGUUAAUAAUGACUCCGUAUCCUCCGCCAAUCAAACAUGCUCAAGGUAACCGCCACGGCAAGACCACCUUUAGCGUCAGAGUAGAGAACAUGGCCAUGAAUAUCAACCACCAAGAAGUGCUAUCCUUGUUCAAUACCCUGAUAGGCGAUGUUCGUGGUUCUGUCGAUGUCAAAGAUGCCGCCGGGCAUCAUCUAGACAUUACAUUUUUCAAUCGUGACGCUUGCAAAAAAGCGCUGUGUAUGUCAGGAUAUACGGUCUCAGGUACACCACUUUCCGUGGUACCCAUCGCAGAUGACGGUUGUACGCCAAAACGCCUUGACGAUCGUCGCAAUUUAUACGUCCUCGGCCUACCUUUUGAUCUGACCAAGUCAAGUGUUUCUGUGAUUCUGGAAGAUUUGUCUAAAUCUUCUCAUAGGGCCGAACUAGCAACAAUUUUCUCUAGUUAUGGAACUGUUGCGCAUUGCGUAAUUCUUGCUACAGUGGACAAUGCUUCUCGCCGACGUGGUUUUGUAGUCAUGUCGGGUCACGACCAAGCCAGAAAUGCAAUGCUUUCCCUCACCCGUAGCCAGAUAAGAGGACAUACCAUCGAUAUCUCGUGGGCAAUUGUACAGCGCUCUCAGGGCUUUCUAGACGGUGGAGACAGGGCCAUUCUGUUCGAAUCACAUUGUCACAAUUCUCUUAUGCCUUUGGAAGAUAUUCAGGAAGAUAGCCAGCCUUCGCCUCUUGAUAUCACGCCCAAUUCCUCUUUUGGAUCAAAUUUUUCAAACAGUGCUGCGUUCACGGCAACAACGUUACCAACGAAUACUCUCCUAGUCAGCGAACUUCCUGCUUUCUUGUUUUCUCAGCCUCGCGACCUGCAUCCGCUGCUGGACCCCUUCGGACAGAUCAAUAAACUUGACAUCAUCGAGCCACAGUCUGUCUCAGGCGCCAUAACUGUCAGGGUGGAAUAUUCAUCAAGUACAAGCGCUCAAGAGGCCAAAGAAGCUCUUCAAGGCCAGUGCUAUGCGAAUCAUCGCAUAGGUGUUCAAUAUUUGCAAGUGGCGACCAGUGUCCUUCCUCGACGAUCGCCCGCAGGACAGUAUGACGUCGAAUCCUAUUCCUCUGCACCAACUAAUGAACCCCCGACACAUUUCGCCCCUGCAUCUGGACCAUUCCGCUGUCCUUCGAACUCAUUUUACAAACCAGAAAGACCAUACCGCCGCGGUCGUGUAACCUACAGCAGCAUGGAUUCGGUUCCCCAAAUAUCCUACCCUUACCAUCAAGCUUUUAGAUAUGCGUCACAUCCUGUUCAUUCCCAUUAUUGCAACGCCAGGUCCAAUUCUAGAACCAGUUCUGUUCCCUCCGAGUGGGGAAAUGACAUGGCAGGAGCUCCUACCCGUUGCCGAUCCCCCCAGCCUCAUCACUUUGAAACAAAUACUUCCUCGCAAUAUGGAUCCUUGUACGAUUGAUCAUCGAGAUUUUCAUGUGCUUUCGAACGUCACGAUAAUGGGCUGCUCUUUGUGAUUACUCUGCUGCAUUCUGCUCUGAGCUCUUGAUAACGGCGUUCCUCUUCUACUUCUCUGUGUCUGUUAAUUAUGUAUUUCUGUCGUUUUACAUGUUGGGUUUCAUGAUAGAGGAAGGAUGGGACUACAACAAACUCAUCCUGGAUGUACAAUUAAUAGGAAG